GAGCCGGUAGCAAGGCCUAAUCAAUUCUAGACAGUGCGUGCCGUGACAUAAUUCGACCCAUACGAUGGCAGGCGUUCCAAAAGUGAAUAAAUGUCCAUCGAAGUAUGAUUCAUAUCAACCCGUGGACUCCAGUUUGCACCGCCAAAUAGCGCGCGACGAUUUACGCGAAGAACCGGUCAUCGCAGAGCAGGCAUUAAGUCAGCUGCGUGGAUGGAUUGCCAAGAACUCGGCCAUCCACUCCUGCCGUACGGAUGCACGGUUUCUGUUGCGUUAUCUCCGUGUACGCAAGUUCGCGCAUGUGGCAUCGUGCGAGACCCUGGAGCGCAACCUUGCGAUGCGGCAACGAUUCCCGGAGUGGUUCAGUCGUCUGGACACAUCCGAACCAUGGGUACAGGAAAUGAUCGAUAGUGAGUUUAUACUGCCGCUGGGCCGGGACGAUACUGGUCGCGCGGCCUUUUUGGUCCGUUGGGCCAACCUCGAUAUUGAGCGGUUCACGAUCGCGCACCAACUUCGCUUCAACCAAAUGAUACUCGAGUGUUUGUUUGAGGACGACCGGAGUCAGAUCGCGGGCACGGUCACCAUUUCCGAUCACUCGAACAUACCAAUGAAAAUGAUCGCCCAGUGGUCGUUUACGGAUAUAAAGAAUUACAUCGACUGCGUCAACAAAUCGAUUCCGGUCCGUGUGCGAGAGAUCCAUGUGGUCAAUCUGCCAAUGUUCGCGGCCACCGUCGGUGAAUGGAUCAUGAGUUGUUGCAGUGAAAAGUUACGCAGCCGUUUGAAGUGUUACGGAUCGAUGGAAGCGUGCAUUUCGGCAACCAAUCUUAAGAAACUGCUACCGAAGGAGUACGGUGGACAACGGGAUGUUUCGGAGAUGAAACAGGAAUUGAGGCAGAUGCUAGACCAACACCGAGAGGUACUGCUUGCAUUGGAUGACAUGAAAAUCGACGAGAAACGUUGCGCCUCCAUUUGGAAUCAAAGCCAGCGGACCGACCUUGAAUCGGGAGCGAUCGGCAGCUUCCGAAAGCUGAAUGUAGACUAGACUGUGUCUAGACCACAGACCUGUCUUUGUAUCAGCUUGUCUCAACUCGAUUGCCGAUUGCCCCAGAUGCACAACCUAG